UGUGAGCAAUAAGAACGUGUCACUGGUAUCAGAUUUUCUGUGUGAUGGAGUGUACCAUUGCGAUCAUUAUGAAGACGAAUUAGCAUGCAAUUACUCAACGACGUAUCUGCAAUCAGGUGAAUCAUAUUCAUUCAUCAUACCACGCAACUACACCAUACGAUUUUACCACGCAACCUUGCUUCAAACAAAUGAUACGAAUGGAUUUCGAAUCGUGUUCCAAGAUUUGUUUCUCUCUUCUAGUCAUCGAAUCCAAAUAGGGGCAGGUACUGAUCCGUUUGAUCAACAAUCUGUCAUCACAACCAUCAAUGGAUAUAUAACUUGUUGCCCUGUUGAUGUCUACGUAGAGACCAAUAAGAUGUGGAUUGCUGUCACAGGUGGUCUGACUUACACCAAUCUCGAGAUUGAUGCGGACAUCAUUGCUUUCAAGCUUUCAACCCUGUUUAAUUGCCCCAGGAGCAAUAUGAACGUGUCAUCAGAUGUUCUGUGUGAUGGAGUGUACCACUGCGAUCAUUAUGAAGAUGAAUCGACAUGCAAUUACACUGCGACGUAUCUGGAAUCAGGUGAAUCUUAUUCAAUCGACAUACCACGCAACUACACAAGACGAUUUUACUAUGCAACCGUGCUACAAACAAAUGACACAAAUGGAUUUCGAAUCGUGUUCCAAGAUUUCUAUAUCAGAUCUACCAAUCAAAUCCAAAUAGGGAGAGGUACUGAUCCCUCUGAUCCAGAGACUGUCAUCACAACUAUCUAUGGAACUACACAUUGCUGUCCCUGGGAUGUCUACAUAGAGUCCAAUGAGAUGUGGAUUGGUGUCAUAGGAGGACUGACUUACACCAAUCUUGAGAUUGAUGCUGACAUCAAUGCUUUUGACCUUUCAACCCUGUUUAAUUGCCCGAGGAGCAAUAUGAACGUGUCAUCAGAUGUUCUGUGUGAUGGAGUGUACCAUUGCGAUUAUUAUGAAGAUGAAUCGGCAUGCAAUUACACUACGACGUAUCUGCAAUCAGGUGAAUCUCAUUCAAUCGACAUACCACGCUGCUACACAAGACGAUUUUACCACGCAACCGUGCUGCAAACAAACGAUACGAAUGGAUUUCGAAUGGUGUUCCAAGAUUUCUAUAUCAGAUCUACCAAUCAAGUCCAAAUUGGGACAGGUACUGAUCCAUCUGAUCCACAGUCUGUCAUCACAAGUCUGUUUGGAUAUAGAAGCUCUUCUGGUGAUGUCUAUGUGGAGACCAAUCAGAUGUGGAUGGCUGUCAUAGGAGGACUUUAUGACACCAAUCUCUUCAUAUAUGUUGACAUAUUUGCUAUUGAUCUCUCAACCCUGUUUAAUUGCCCAGUGAGCAAUAACGGGUUAUCAGUUCUGUGUGAUGGAGUGUACCAAUGCGAUUUUUAUGAAGACGAAUCGGCAUGCAAUUACACUGCGACGUAUCUGCAAUCAGGUGAAUCUUAUUCAAUCGACAUACCACGCAACUACACAACACGACUUUACCACGUAACCGUGCUACAAACAAAUGAUACGAAUGGAUUUCGAAUCGUGUUCCAAGAUUUUUAUAUCAGAUCUACCAAUCAAAUCCAAGUAGGGACAGGUACUGAUCCCUCUGAUCCAGAGACUGUCAUCACAACUAUCUAUGGAACUACAUAUUGCUGUCCCUGGGAUGUCUACAUAGAGUCCAAUGAGAUGUGGAUUGGUGUCAUAGGAGGACUGACUUACACCAAUCUUGAGAUUGAUGCGGACAUCGUUGCUUUUGACCUUUCAACCCUGUUUAAUUGCCCGAGGAGCAAUAUGAACGUGUCAUCAGAUGUUCUGUGUGAUGGAGUGUACCAUUGCGAUUAUUAUGAAGAUGAAUCGGCAUGCAAUUACACUACGACGUAUCUGCAAUCAGGUGAAUCUCAUUCAAUCGACAUACCACGCAACUACACAAGACGAUUUUACCACGCAACUGUGCUACAAAUAAACGAUACGAAUGGAUUUCGAAUCGUGUUCCAAGAUUUCUAUAUAAGAUCUACCAAUCAAAUCCAAAUUGGGACAGGUACUGAUCCAUCUGAUCCACAGUCUGUCAUCACAAGUCUGUUUGGAUCUAGAAGCUCUUCUGAUGAUGUCUAUGUGGAGACCAAUCAGAUGUGGAUGGCUGUCAUAGGAGGACUUUAUGACACCAAUCUCUUCUUAGAUGUUGACAUAUUUGCUAUUGAUCUCUCAACCCUGUUUAAUUGCCCAGUGAGCAAUAACGGGUUAUCAGUUCUGUGUGAUGGAGUGUACCAAUGCGAUUUUUAUGAAGACGAAUCGGCAUGCAAUUACACUGCGACGUAUCUGCAAUCAGGUGAAUCUUAUUCAAUCGACAUACCACGCAACUACACAACACGACUUUACCACGUAACCGUGCUACAAACAAAUGAUACGAAUGGAUUUCGAAUCGUGUUCCAAGAUUUCUAUAUCAGAUCUACCAAUCAAAUCCAAAUAGGGACAGGUACUGAUCCCUCUGAUCCAGAGACUGUCAUCACAACUAUCUAUGGAACUACAUAUUGCUGUCCCUGGGAUGUCUACAUAGAGUCCAAUGAGAUGUGGAUUGGUGUCAUAGGAGGACUGACUUACACCAUUCUUGAGAUUGACGCGGACAUCGUUGCUUUUGACCUUUCAACCCUGUUUAAUUGCCCGAGGAGCAAUAUGAACGUGUCAUCAGAUGUUCUGUGUGAUGGAGUGUACCAUUGCGAUUAUUAUGAAGAUGAAUCGGCAUGCAAUUACACUACGACGUAUCUGCAAUCAGGUGAAUCUUAUUCAAUCGACAUACCACGCUGCUACACAAGACGAUUUUACCACGCAACCGUGCUGCAAACAAACGAUACGAAUGGAUUUCGAAUGGUGUUCCAAGAUUUCUAUAUCAGAUCUACCAAUCAAGUCCAAAUUGGGACAGGUACUGAUCCAUCUGAUCCACAGUCUGUCAUCACAAGUCUGUUUGGAUAUAGAAGCUCUUCUGGUGAUGUCUAUGUGGAGACCAAUCAGAUGUGGAUGGCUGUCAUAGGAGGACUUUAUGACACCAAUCUCUUCAUAUAUGUUGACAUAUUUGCUAUUGAUCUCUCAACCCUGUUUAAUUGCCCAGUGAGCAAUAACGGGUUAUCAGUUCUGUGUGAUGGAGUGUACCAAUGCGAUUUUUAUGAAGACGAAUCGGCAUGCAAUUACACUGCGACGUAUCUGCAAUCAGGUGAAUCUUAUUCAAUCGACAUACCACGCAACUACACAACACGACUUUACCACGUAACCGUGCUACAAACAAAUGAUACGAAUGGAUUUCGAAUCGUGUUCCAAGAUUUCUAUAUCAGAUCUACCAAUCAAAUCCAAAUAGGGACAGGUACUGAUCCCUCUGAUCCAGAGACUGUCAUCACAACUAUCUAUGGAACUACAUAUUGCUGUCCCUGGGAUGUCUACAUAGAGUCCAAUGAGAUGUGGAUUGGUGUCAUAGGAGGACUGACUUACACCAUUCUUGAGAUUGACGCGGACAUCGUUGCUUUUGAUCUUUCAACCCUGUUUAAUUGCCCGAGGAGCAAUAUGAACGUGUCAUCAGAUGUUCUGUGUGAUGGAGUGUACCAUUGCGAUUAUUAUGAAGAUGAAUCGGCAUGCAAUUACACUACGACGUAUCUGCAAUCAGGUGAAUCUUAUUCAAUCGACAUACCACGCAACUACACAAGACGAUUUUACCACGCAACUGUGCUACAAACAAACGAUACGAAUGGAUUUCGAAUCGUGUUCCAAGAUUUCUAUAUCAGAUCUACCAAUCAAAUCCAAAUUGGGACAGGUACUGAUCCAUCUGAUCCACAGUCUGUCAUCACAAGUCUGUUUGGAUCUAGAAGCUCUUCUGAUGAUGUCUAUGUGGAGACCAAUCAGAUGUGGAUGGCUGUCAUAGGAGGACUUUAUGACACCAAUCUCUUCAUAGAUGUUGACAUAUUUGCUAUUGAUCUCUCAACCCUGUUUAAUUGCCCAGUGAGCAAUAACGGGUUAUCAGUUCUGUGUGAUGGAGUGUACCAAUGCGAUUUUUAUGAAGACGAAUCGGCAUGCAAUUACACUGCGACGUAUCUGCAAUCAGGUGAAUCUCAUUCAAUCGACAUACCACGCAACUACACAAGACGAUUUUACCACGCAACCGUGCUGCAAACAAACGAUACGAAAGGAUUUCGAAUCGUGUUCCAAGAUUUUUAUAUCAGAUCUACCAAUCAAGUCCAAAUUGGGACAGGUACUGAUCCCUCUGAUCCAGAGUCUGUCAUCACAACUAUCUAUGGAACUACAUAUUGCUGUCCCUGGGAUGUCUACAUAGAGUCCAAUGAGAUGUGGAUUGGUGUCAUAGGAGGACUGACUUACACCACUCUUGAGAUUGAUGCGGACAUCGUUGCUUUUGACCUUUCAACCCUGUUUAAUUGCCAGAGGAGCAAUAUGAACGUGUCAUCAGAUGUUCUGUGUGAUGGAGUGUACCAUUGCGAUUAUUAUGAAGAUGAAUCGGCAUGCAAUUACACUACGACGUAUCUGCAAUCAGGUGAAUCUCAUUCAAUCGACAUACCACGCAACUACACAAGACGAUUUUACCACGCAACUGUGCUACAAACAAACGAUACGAAUGGAUUUCGAAUCGUGUUCCAAGAUUUCUAUAUCAGAUCUACCAAUCAAAUCCAAAUUGGGACAGGUACUGAUCCAUCUGAUCCACAGUCUGUCAUCACAAGUCUGUUUGGAUAUAGAAGCUCUUCUGAUGAUGUCUAUGUGGAGACCAAUCAGAUGUGGAUGGCUGUCAUAGGAGGACUUUAUGACACCAAUCUCUUCAUAGAUGUUGACAUAUUUGCUAUUGAUCUCUCAACCCUGUUUAAUUGCCCAGUGAGCAAUAACGGGUUAUCAGUUCUGUGUGAUGGAGUGUACCAAUGCGAUUUUUAUGAAGACGAAUCGGCAUGCAAUUACACUGCGACGUAUCUGCAAUCAGGUGAAUCUCAUUCAAUCGACAUACCACGCAACUACACAAGACGAUUUUACCACGCAACCGUGCUGCAAACAAACGAUACGAAAGGAUUUCGAAUCGUGUUCCAAGAUUUUUAUAUCAGAUCUACCAAUCAAGUCCAAAUUGGGACAGGUACUGAUCCCUCUGAUCCAGAGUCUGUCAUCACAACUAUCUAUGGAACUACAUAUUGCUGUCCCUGGGAUGUCUACAUAGAGUCCAAUGAGAUGUGGAUUGCUGUCAUAGGAGGACUGACUUACACCAAUCUUGAGAUUGAUGCGGACAUCGUUGCUUUUGACCUUUCAACCCUGUUUGAUUGCCAGAGGAGCAAUAUGAACGUGUCAUCAGAUGUUCUGUGUGAUGGAGUGUACCAUUGCGAUUAUUAUGAAGAUGAAUCGGCAUGCAAUUACACUACGACGUAUCUGCAAUCAGGUGAAUCUUAUUCAAUCGACAUACCACUCAACUACACAAGACGAUUUUACCACGCAACCGUGCUACAAACAAACGAUACAAAUGGAUUUCGAAUCGUGUUCCAAGAUUUCUAUAUCAGAUCUACCAAUCAAGUCCAAAUUGGGACAGGUACUGAUCCCUCUGAUCCAGAGUCUGUCAUCACAACUAUCUAUGGAACUACAUAUUGCUGUCCCUGGGAUGUCUACAUAGAGUCCAAUGAGAUGUGGAUGGCUGUCAUAGGAGGACUUUAUGACACCAAUCUCCUCAUAGAUGUUGAUAUCUUUGCUAUUGAUCUCUCAACUCUUUUUAGCUGCCCAGUGAGCAAUAUUAACGUGUCAUCAGAUGUUCUCUGUGAUGGAGUGUACCAUUGCGAUCAUUAUGAAGAUGAAUCGGCGUGCAAUUAUUCAACGACGUAUCUGCAAGCAGGAGAGUCACAUUCAAUCUCCAUACCACGCAACUACACCAGACGUUUUUACCACGCAACCUUGCUACAAACAAAUGAUACGAAUGGAUUUCGAAUUGUGUUCCAAGAUUUCUAUAUCAGAUAUACCAAUCAAGUCCAAAUAGGGACAGGUACUGAUCCCUCUGAUCCAGAGUCUGUCAUCACAACCAUCUAUGGAACUACAUAUUGCUGUCCUUGGGAUGUCUACAUAGAGUACAAUAAGAUGUGGAUUGGUGUCAUAGGAGGACUGACUUCCACCAAUCUUGAGAUUGAUGCGGACAUCAUUGCUUUUGACCUUUCAACUCUGUUUAGCUGCCCAGUGAGCAAUAUGAACGUGUCAUCAGAUGUUCUGUGUGAUGGAGUGUACAAUUGCGAUCAUUAUGAAGAUGAAUCGGCAUGCAAUUAUUCAACGACGUAUCUGCAAGCAGGAGAGUCACAUUCAAUCUCCAUACCACGCAACUACACCAGACGAUUUUACCACGCAACCUUGCUACAAACAAAUGAUACGAAUGGAUUUCGAAUUGUGUUCCAAGAUUUCUAUAUCAGAUAUACCAAUCAAGUCCAAAUAGGGACAGGUACUGAUCCCUCUGAUCCAGAGUCUGUCAUCACAACCAUCUAUGGAACUACACAUUGCUGUCCUUGGGAUGUCUACAUAGAGUACAAUAAGAUGUGGAUUGGCGUCAUAGGAGGACUGACUUCCACCAAUCUUGAGAUUGAUGCGGACAUCAUUGCUUUUGACCUUUCAACUCUUUUUAGCUGCCCAGUGAGCAAUAUCAACGUGUCAUCAGAUGUUCUCUGUGAUGGAGUGUACCAUUGCGAUCAUUAUGAAGAUGAAUCGGCAUGCAAUUAUUCAACGACGUGUCUGCAAGCAGGAGAGUCUAAUUCAAUAUCCAUACCACGCAACUACACCAGACGAUUUUACCAUGCAACCGUGCUACAAACAAAUGAUACGAAUGGAUUUCGAAUCGUCUUUCAAGAUUUAUAUCUGUAUUCUAGUAAUCAAAUCCAAAUAGGGAGAGGUACCGAUCCGUCUGACCCACAAUCUGUCAUCACAACUCUCUUUGGAUCUCGAAGCUCUUCUGAGGAUGUUUAUGUGGCGACCAAUAAGAUGUGGAUUGCUGUCAUAGGAGGACUGGCUGACACCAAUCUCUUCAUAGAUGUUGACAUCUUUGCUAUUGAUCUCUCAACUCUUUUUAGCUGCCCAGUGAGCAAUAUGAACGUGUCAUCAGAUGUUCUCUGUGAUGGAGUGUACCAUUGCGAUCAUUAUGAAGAUGAAUCGGCAUGCAAUUAUUCAACGACGUAUCUGCAAGCAGGAGAGUCUCAUUCAAUAUCCAUACCACGCAACUACACCAGACGAUUUUACCACGCAACCGUGCUACAAACAAAUGAUACGAAUGGAUUUCGAAUCGUCUUUCAAGAUUUAUAUCUGUAUUCUAGUAAUCAAAUCCAAAUAGGGAGAGGUACCGAUCCGUCUGACCCACAAUCUGUCAUCACAACUCUCUUUGGAUCUCGAAGCUCUUCUGAGGAUGUUUAUGUGGAGACCAAUAAGAUGUGGAUUGCUGUCAUAGGAGGACUGGCUGACACCAAUCUCUUCAUAGAUGUUGACAUCUUUGCUAUUGAUCUCUCAACUCUUUUUAGCUGCCCAGUGAGCAAUAUGAACGUGUCAUCAGAUGUUCUCUGUGAUGGAGUGUACCAUUGCGAUCAUUAUGAAGAUGAAUCGGCAUGCAAUUAUUCAACGACGUAUCUGCAAGCAGGAGAGUCUCAUUCAAUAUCCAUACCACGCAACUACACCAGACGACUUUACCACGCAACCGUGCUACAAACAAAUGAUACGAAUGGAUUUCGAAUUGUGUUCCAAGAUAUCUAUAUGAGAUCUACCAAUCAAAUCCAAAUAGGGAAAGGUACUGAUCCAUCUGAUCCACAGUCUGUCAUCACAACCAUCAAUGGAUAUAGAUACUGCUGCCCUGUUGAUAUCUACGUAGAGGCAAAUGGGUUGUGGAUGUAUGUCAUUGGAGGACUGACUUACACCAAUAUCUUUAUUGAUGUUAAUAUCAUUGCUAUUGACCUAAGAAAAUCCUUUCAUUGUCCAGUAUCGAGCAGAAAUAUAUCAAUAACCUUGGCAUGUGAUGGAUAUUAUGACUGCGAUUAUUUCGAGGAUGAAUUAUAUUGUAAUAACCCAGUUACACACCUCGAGGAAGGCCAAUCACAUUCUAUCAGCACGCCAUCUUUCACAAGAGAAUUCUACAAUACCACUCUGUUGAAAGCAAAUACUUCAAAUGGGUUUCGAAUUGUGUUCCAUCGUUUGUAUAUUAAUUCUUAUGAUGAUGAAAUCCGAAUAGGGACAGGGAACGAUCCAUCUGAUCUCCAGACUAUUGUUACAACUAUUCAUGGAUAUGCAUCCUACGCGGAUAAUGUAUACAUAGAUACCCAUAAAAUGUGGGUUGUUGUUAUAGGAUCGCAACAGUACGGUCAUUCGUCUUAUAUUGUUCUGGACAUGGACGUUACUGUCAUCGAUCUGCUUAAUUCCUUUCCUUGUUCGUCGUCUUCCAUGAAUGUGUCAGUGACGUUGGUUUGUGAUGGAUAUUACGACUGUGAUAGUUAUGAGGACGAAUCAUUGUGCGGUGAGAGAUACAAUAACAUUACAUCACAUUAUUAUUGA